UAUGAUUAGUAAAACAUGAUACUGCAGAAGGUUGUUCAAGUUUAAGAAGAUCAAAGAUUCAAAGAGAGGAGAAAGAUAAUGAUGAAGUUUGCGGACUUGAUCGAUGAACACACAGAAGAACUAGCCAAGUUGGAUACAGUUGAUGCGGGGAAGUUGUUCAGUUCUGGCAAAGCCGCUGACAUACCUCAGGUAUCACAAACUAUACGUUACUAUGCGGGUGCAGCUGAUAAAAUUCAUGGAGAGGUGCUCAAAAUGUCGCGCGAGCUUCAAGCUUAUACUUUACUUGAACCAAUUGGUGUUCUGGGACACAUCAUUCCAUGGAAUUUUCCGAGCGGCAUGUUCUCUGUUAAAGUUGCUCCUUCCUUAGCUGCUGGUUGCACCAUGGUCAUCAAACCUGCUGAGCAGACACCUCUUUCAGCUCUCUAUUAUGCUCAUCUGGCCAAGUUGGCUGGUGUUCCUGAUGGAGUGAUUAAUGUCAUAACUGGAUAUGGAGAGACUGCUGGUGCGGCCAUCACUCAUCAUAUGGACAUUGACAAAGUCAGUUUUACUGGUUCCACAGACGUAGGCCGUCAAGUGAUGCAGGCUGCAGCAAAGAGCAACUUAAAAGCAGUUUCACUUGAACUAGGGGGCAAGUCACCCCUUUUAAUUUUUGAUGAUGCUGAUGUAGAUAAGGCUGCUGACCUUGCUCUCUUGGGAAUCCUCUACAACAAGGGAGAAACUUGUGUGGCAAGUUCUCGUGUUUUUGUUCAAGAAGGGAUCUAUGAUGAACUUGUGAAGAAAUUAGAAGUAAAGGCAAAAUCUUGGGCUGUUGGGGAUCCUUUUGAUCCUAAUGUUCGUCAAAGACCCCAGGUUGAUAAGCAGCAGUUUGAGAAAGUCUUAACCUACAUUGAGCAUGGAAAAAGAGAAGGAGCCACUUUGUUAACAGGGGGCAAGCCUUUGGGGAACAAGGGAUAUUACAUCGAGCCAACAGUAUUCACUGAUGUCAAGGAUGACAUGCUCAUAGCCAAGGAUGAGAUAUUUGGACCUGUAAUGUCACUGAUGAAGUUCAAGACCUUAGAGGAGGCAAUACAGAGAGCCAACAACACCAAAUAUGGCCUAGCAGGAGGCAUUGUAACCAAGAACAUCGACAUUGCUAACACCGUCUCAAGAUCAAUCCGUGCCGGUAGUAUAUGGAUCAACUGCUACUUCGCCAUCGACAACGAUUGCCCUUUUGGAGGAUACAAGAUGAGUGGUUUUGGAAAAGACUGGGGUAUGCAGGGCAUCCACAAGUAUAUGCAUACUAAAUCUGUGGUCACUCCCAUCUAUAACUCUCCAUGGCUCUAAAUCACCAUUACCCAAGCAUUCUGUACAUUAAGUUUUUAAGUUACAGUUCUUCACUUUUGGGAAUUGUCAAAGAUUGUAUCAUCAUGUAUGAGCCUUUUUCUGGUGUGUUGCAAAAUGAAAUAAAGUCUCUGUUUCACA